AUCUUAGCAUUUCCUUGUUUGAUCAUUCAUCAUUUCACGAUUAACAUAAAGUUUUAGAGCAAGACGUUAAAAACAUGCGCAAAUCCUGAUAGAGAUUUGAACGAAAUUAUUACAAAUAACAUGUAUUUUUCUCUUUUUUUCAUAUUACCGAAGAUUGCAACAAAGAAAUGUAGACAGAGGAAUAACAAACUCUCGUGGAAUGAACUAAACAAUACUGUAUAUAUUUAUCAAAGUUUAGAUGCAAAGUUCGCCAGACCUAUGAUUUAAUUAACUCAACAACGUAUUUGACUACAAAAUGAAAACAGGAAGGUUUUGGGAAUGAUACGGAAGAAUACAUUCAUAUGUGAAUGAUUGUGCAAACUAUAUUCACAAGCUAUAUAUUUAUAGAAUGAAAAUUUUCAUCCCAAAACGUUAAUGCUGUGAUGAAGGACAGUUUGUGUCGGAUUUUAAUGUCAAAUUUAACUUCAUUUUGUUUUUAAAUAUGAGUGAACAAUCGGACAGCAUUUGUCCAAUUUGUACUCACGAAUUUUCUACCCCGGAGAAAGUGCCCAAACUCCUGCCUUGUUACCACACGUUUUGUAGUCCCUGCCUCGACAACAUGAUCGCCUCUACUCCACUUAACUCUGAUUCCACCUUCAGGUGUCCAAUCUGCAGACAGGGAGCCAGCAUUCCCAAAAACGGAGUCCAAGGAUUUUUCGACAAUUACUUUAGAUGCGCUCCACAGAAGGAGAAAACGUGCGAUAUAUGCGGUGCGGGAGAUAAUUACCAGCUAGAUUAUUGUAAGGAGUGCAAUAGCUUACUCUGUGACUCCUGUCAUAAGAAGUAUCAUCAAAAAAAGUCGAAAGACGAUAUAUCUGAUGAAGAUGACGAUGAAAUUGAUGACAAAAGUCCAAGCGAUUCCAGUUUCUCUAAAGAUAAUUCUGUCAAAACAGCCAAACUCGGAAAUCAUGGCAAUCAAAUGACAUUCAAAUGGAAUAAUUUAGAGAGUAUUCGGAAGAUUAUACCUGAUGAUAAAAAUGAAUGUUGGGCUCUGACAAACCAGCCUUAUGUUACCCGAUUUUCACGUAGUGGGAAAGAGACGUCCCGAAAAUGUAUCGAUAACAUCGAUAACGUUCUUCAGGACAUAGCUCGCAUGAGCGAUGGUACCCUUGUGCUGGCCUUUUCCAAUGGAGAAAUACUCUUAUAUAACGGACAGGCUCUCAGAUAUGUUACAAAUACCGGUAAUGUUCCGACCGCAUUGUAUGCGUUCCAAGAUGGUCGUCUGCUGAUUGCAACUCGACCGCAUUCCGGGAGCACUCGCCUAAACAACAGCGAGUUACUUAUUACUGACCAGACCAUGAAAAAAAUCCAACCUCUUGAUGUAAAUGUUGAUCUUCAGGAAGUGUCCUCUAUCACAGUCAACGAAAAAAACGGACAAAUAGCUCUUUGUGAACCAUCGAAAAAGGUGGUAUUAAUUUUGGAUACUGUAAGCUGUAAGAAAUUGAAAUUUCCGAGCGUCAAAAAAUACAGGGGCAUCAGUAAUUUGUUAAAGGAAAAGGAAAAGUUCCUCAAUACUUUACUCUCAAUUUUGUAUUCACUUCAGUAUCCACUUUUUCAACCGCGGUCGGUCGAGAGUGACCAAAACAAUGGUUUUUGUGUUUUAGAUGGAAAUAACAGCAUCCACGGUGUUGAUGAAGAAGCUAACCUUCGGUUCAUCGUACCGAUAAGAACCGAUGAAAAUAUCAGCUGCUUCCAUGUGGAUUCAAAUGAAAAUAAUAUUUGGUUUGGCUCUGAGUCGGGGCAAAUUUUCAGAACGGUUUUCAGAACGAACCGUCAAACGUUUGUGAAUGAGAUACAACAUUAUUCUGAUUUUGAGAAUCCUGAUGAUUCAGACGACUCCGAAACUCAGGAAUCGGUCUCGGUGCCAGGUGGAUCGGGAUUACAAAGAGUAAGGAGUUCGGAUUCGGCGGAGCUGUCAGGAAAUGAUGAUCCCAUCGGAUUCCCAUCAUAUUAUUUAUUGUUGGACGAUUCUUCUCAAAUUCAAAGCAGAAAUGAUACUGCUGAUCAAGAUUCGAUAUUUCAUUGAAAUUUGACGAGGGGGGGGGGGGGGGUUAUUGCAUAAUAUUAAUUUCAAUUUUGUUAUCUUAAUAUGUAUUAUAAGGAUGAUGUAAAAUAUUGUAUAGAUAUAACAUUUAACAAUAAUUUGUAAAUGAUAUUAAUUAAUUGUGUUUAUAUUCACUCAGAUUAAUCAUUUAGAUAACUCAAUAUGCUUGUACAUUUAUUUAUUCACGGUCACGACCGAUAGGACACCUAACACAUUUAUAGUAUGACAGUCUUUUGUUAACAAAAAUAAUAUAACCCCGUCUUUAGCCUCAAUUGCUAAAUAAAUAUUUGAUAAGCACUGUUUUUUUUUUUAAUUUAAAUGUCAUGUCAUAAAAAGAAGGAAGGAAACAAUGCUUUGUGAAUAGUCAUGACAUUACCAGAGGGAAGCGUAUCAUAAAAACCUCAAAGAA